UGCAUCCGGGUGCUGGGCCGCGAAUAAGAGCCGGUCCGCGCCUGCGCGCCCAGCCCCACUCCUUCGACCUCUGCCGCCGCUGCCGCCGCCGCCGCCUCCACCCGGGAAGAGGGGAAGCGGGAGAGGAUCCCACGUCGCCUGUCACCCAGAUCCUCCAGCCGCGCCGCCCCGAAGAGUGUAAGAUGUUCGCCUGCGCCAAGCUCGCCUGCACCCCUGCUCUGAUUCGAGCUGGAUCCAGAGUCGCAUACAGACCAAUUUCUGCAUCAGUGUUGUCCCGACCAGAGGCCAGGACUGGAGAGGGCUCUACGGUAUUUAAUGGGGCCCAGAAUGGUGUGUCUCACCUUAUCCGAAGGGAGUUUCAGACCAGUGUGAUCAGCAGAGACAUUGAUACUGCUGCCAAAUUUAUUGGUGCAGGUGCUGCAACAGUAGGAGUGGCUGGUUCUGGUGCUGGUAUUGGAACAGUUUUUGGCAGCCUCAUCAUUGGUUAUGCCAGAAACCCUUCGCUGAAGCAGCAGCUGUUCUCAUAUGCUAUCCUGGGAUUUGCCUUGUCUGAAGCUAUGGGUCUCUUUUGUUUGAUGGUUGCUUUCUUGAUUUUGUUUGCCAUGUAACAGAAAUUACUGCUUGAAAUGUUGGCAUUCAUAUUAAUUACGGAUGUAAUUCUGUGUAUCUUAAUGUGACUCCGAAAACUGUAGUGUUGGUGUCAUGGAAAUGUACGUUAUUUCCAGAGUCAUUUCAUUAAAGAUGAAAACUUUAAUUUUUGCUGUGAUUUGUACUUAUCUGAAUUUAGAUCAUCACGAAGAACAUGCAUUCAGGCAGAGGAAGCUUUAAUAGUUGCCCCCACCGAUGAGAAAGACCCUGCUGUAAUUUUUAUGGGAAUUCUUUUAUAGUGUUCUUCACAUUGUAAUUUAUAGGGCUUUUGUUUAUUCAUGUAAAGGAGAAAUAAACUGAAUGCUUCAAGUUUCUGUUAAAUAUGAUUAAACCAAGAGAGUUAAUUAUUCAA